AUGCUACGACAGGUGGUGCUGUCAAGUUUGAUACUUGUCAGCGUCUUCGCGCAACAAUGUCCUGUUCUACCUACUGGAGGUCCAUGUCGAUGUGCUCCUUCCAUAUAUGAACCAGUAGCCAUUAUUUGUUCGAAUGCCGGAAGUCUACAAAAUGCUCUACAAGCCAUUCAAGGUGCCCGUGAUAUAACAAUGGAUUCCUUAACUAUUGUUGAUACUGCCAUUCCCAAUAUACCCGCAAAUGCUUUCCAAGGAUUCACAAUCCUCCGACUUGUCUUGAACAGAAAUACUCUUCAGAAUAUUGAUGAUCAAGCUUUCAAUGGAGAAUUGAUCAAUUCUUUGAUUGAGCUCGAUUUGAAUGAUAACAACCUUGGUCAAAUUCCUCAAACUGGAUUACCUCAUCUUCGUAAUCUUAGAAAGCUUUACCUCAAUCGCAAUCGUAUUAAUCAAUUGGCUUCAAAUGCUUUUAAUAAUUAUGAGAGUCGUGAUCUUCUCAUUAAAUUAUCAUUGGCCGGAAAUAGACUGACUGAUCAAACUUUGGGAGACAAUGCUGUUUUCCGACCUCUACGACUCCUCCAGGAACUCUCUUUGGAAACGAACUCUCUGAACUCGAUCCCAACAUCUGCAUUGAUCAACCAAAGGGAAACCUUGACAAACCUUAAUCUGGGUUUGAACAACAUCAAUGACGUACCUGUCGGAGCCCUCGACUUUCCGGUUUUAACUUCACUUUCACUAGAAUUCAAUGGCAUCACCGUUAUUGUGCCUGAAGCAUUUCAGAAAGUGCCCAACUUACAAUAUCUAUAUUUAACCGGAAAUCGAUUCCCACAAUGGUAUCCGGAAAUGUUCCGUUACAUUGGACAGUUAAGAACAUUAGGAAUCGGUGAAACACCAAUCUCUGUAAUUCCAAACAAUGCCUUCCAGCACGUUCCACUCUUGAUUAGACUUGAAAUGUCUGAGGCAGCCGUUGAUACCAUUGAAAGAGGAGCGUUCCAAAGAACUCCUCAAAUUCAGGCCAUUGUACUGAAUAAGAACCGUUUAUCUCAAAUUCGUGCAGACUUCUUUGAAAGCUUACGUGAUCUCUAUUCCAUUGAUGUUCAAGGAAACCGUAUUGAAAAUGUUCAAAAUCUUGGAUUUGCUAAUCUACCUGCUUUAAGACAUUUGGACAUCAGUUACAAUCAACUAAGAACAUUACCACAAGAUGUGUUCCUGAACACUUUCGCACCAAGCCCCAACGAUCGUCGAGUUAUUUACGCCUGUGGAAAUCCUUGGCUCUGUAACAGUGAAUUGGACUGGUUCCGUCAAUUGUUGAGAGAAAACUUGGAUAUCGAUAUUGAUAAGCCAGGAUGUGUUGCAGCUUGUACUGGAUCUCCUAAUGGAUGUCCUGCUGACGGAACACCACUCAGAUCUGUCAACUUCUGCCCAGAGAAUGAAGCUCUACCAUUAGAAGGCAACGCAUUGUCCUUAGUUGGAUGGAUCAUUCUUGCUGUCAUUAUGACUAUUUUACUCAUUAGUAUUUGCUUGAUGGCUCUGGUUCGUUAUGGUGUGAGUCACAAAAGGAAGAAGCAAAAAGAUCAGGAAAUUGAGGAAGACGUGCGAGCCAUGUCAUCAGCUGCAUCAAUGUAUGGAGGUGGAAUGUCAGUAAUGGACCGGCCGUACUCAGCUAUUCCACCAGUGAAUUUGGAUCUUCCAGCCGCACAUACUUUGGACGAUCGACCAACAAAUUAUUUUUAUUGA